AUGUGUGGUGCGUCACUUGCAUCCAAGUCAGGUCCUGUUCUCGCUUCCGCCCCUGCGCCGGACAGCGACAGAACCGAAUCCCCCGGACCUAUGCUUGAUAGAAAUAGUGCAAGUGGACCUAUCAACUUGGAGGCCGUCGAAGGAGUCAAGAUAUCCUUUCGCGGUGGUGGGGAAAAGAUCUUCUACGAACGAUUCAAAGGAUCCAUGACGCAGCGGAAGUGGCUGCUACAAAACGCCCCUCCCCCACCAAAGGGACGCCCGCGAGAUGGUAGUGUCUCUGGCACGGAAGCCGAUGCAGAUUAUAGCGAACGCAGAGCAAAGACCGCCGGUAUCGCCGGGUUGGAGCAACUCGGCCUGAGCAGGCACAAGAAUAAUGAGCUGCUCAUUGGCAGUGCCUUCGAAGACCUUGAAGCGCUCAUGGCGUCCGCAAAAGAAGUUAUAGCUCUUGCAGAGCGAUUUUCAUUGCAGAAAGGUUCUGGUAAUGGCAGCUUCUCGGCGGAAGAAAAUGCUAUCCUCGCUGAAUCGGCAAGUCAACUUGGUCUUGUGACGACAAAGGACAUGGUAGGAGGUGGUGGUGGCUCAGAAUCCCUUUAUCUCUCCGAGCUGGCGCGCAAUCUGGCCGAGUUUCUCACGGAUGAUACUCGAAGUGUGCUGAAAAAGGCCGGUGGCAUCUUGACACUGGUCGAUCUUUGGGCCAUGUUCAACAGGGCACGUGGAGGCGUGGAGCUCGUCAGCCCGCUCGACUUUGAGAAGGCCGCCCGCCUCUGGGAGAGCUUGAAGCUACCAGUUCGCCUCCGCACAUUUAGAAGCGGUGUCAUGGUAGUUCAAGGACGGGACCGCACAGACGAGACCACUGUCAAGGCGCUGCUGUCAUGGCUCCAGGACCUACACGAGUUCCCACCGGAGCGCGACGUGCUUUGGGACUGGCGCAUGUUUGGCCUUGGUGUGACGGCGCAAGAAGCGGCGGAACGUUUCGGCUGGAGUCUCGGUGUCGCGGAGGAAGAGUUGCUCAUGGCUGAGGAACACGGCGCGCUAUGUAGAGAAGAAGGCCUGGAAGGACUCAAGUUUUGGAAGAACUACAUUGGUUCAGCUUCCAUCGAGAAAGAGGCAGAAGAUCCGAUAAUCACGAGGUUACGAAACGCUGCAUUAAUAUAG